AACAUGCGCUCAUACAUUUUGGGACUUUUGAAGUGCAACCCAGCCCAGCGCCACCACGCCUAAGGGCGUGGUACUUCUGCAAAAACUGGGUCAAGUUGCGCAGCGCAGGAAUCACAGGAAAUGCGAGAACACAAGUUCUAUGCUCGUUUAUGGAAAUGCCAUUUCUACAAACGCGAGCUGGAAUACCUCGGUCAUCUUGUCGGGAACAACGGACUUAAAGUCGACCCCAAGAAGGUGGUGGCUGUUCAGAAUUGGCCCGUCCCACAGGACGUGGGUCAGAUCAGGUCCUUCCUAGGCCUGGCCAAUUAUUUCCGCUGGUUCUUGGAAAAUUACUCGACUGUCAUUGCCCCUCUAACAGCACUCACCCGAAAAAGUACUGCAUGGGAGUGGACUCGACAAUGCCAAGAGGCAUUUGACAAAGUCAAAACAAAGCUGACCAAUGCUCCGGUUUUGACGCCUUGACAGUAGGGAUUAGGGCGGUACUCUAGCAG